AUGAAGUCUUUUAUUGCCUUAACUUGCGCCAUUCUGGCCACUUUCGACCUCGCCAGCGCCAUCCCUGCCCCAAGCGAUGCCGUUGCAGAUUCCGGGUCAGUUUCGGUCUCCUACGACCCUGUCUACGACGUCUCGGCCUCCUCAACAGACACUGUGGCAUGUGGGAGUCAGCUGGAUACUCAAUAUUCCACCUUCGGCUCUCUGCCCGGAUUCCCUCGCAUUGGCGGUGCGCUGACCAUCCCCGAUGGCACGAGCUCCAACUGCGGCAAAUGCUAUUCGCUGCACUACGCAGGCAACGGGGUCGACGAAACCAUCAACGUUCUGGCCAUCGAUACUGCCCCCGGUGGCUUCAACAUUGGCCUUCAGGCCAUGAACCAGCUCACCGAUGGCCAGGCCGAGAAGCUGGGCCGCGUGACGGCUACUUACACCGAGGUUGAUAUCUCCGAGUGCGCCUGA